UAGAAAAAUACAAUUUGGUAUAGAAUCCAAACAGUAAAUUCCCACUAACGGUUGUGGUUACUUCAUCUCAAAGAGUUGAUUCUUUGUUGAACAAUAUGAAAUCCAAAGCUCAAGAUUGUAAAUAACAGUUUGCUUAAUACAUAUCAAUAAGUAACAAUAUGUUAUGGAGUCCAGGCUAUGUUCAAUUAUAUACGAAUUUGAGCUGAUAGACUGUGAGAUCACACCAUAUCAAAUGGUCGAUUCCAUGUUUUACAAGCACACUCAUACUUGUACAUUUCACUCUAUAUAACAUUUUUGAAACCUUCUGACAAAUGGUUGCGUGCCUUUGUAUUCGUGAGAAAAGUCCCUUUCCAAAUGUUACGCGCCUUUCGCUAACUUCAUCGCCGUGCAUGACGUCGUCAAAAAAAAAUCGAGGCGAUCCUCACAACGGCAUCCGCAAACCGUGCAAAUCCCGACGGAAAAUCCACCCCAUCCGGAGGAAAACAACAAAACGAGUCGUAACAUUGAAGGUGGCGGAUCCAGAAAAAACGAGAGCGACCGCUGCGGCCGCCGAGAAGUUCGCAUCGACGAGGUCGGCAGGAUCAAUGCAGCGAAAAAUCAGUCCUCGGAGCCAGCGACGGAAUCCGCAGAAGUCGGAAAACUACAAGGACAGGAGCUCCGCACUCGGCUGCACUGGGUGGAGACCAGGGUGGAGACACCAAGAAACAAAAACAACAAAUUACUCGGCUCCCAAUGUUGACGGAAUAACAAAGGAUGUGGAAACUCAGUAUUCGGACUAUGGGCCCCUUUGCAACGAUGACCCGCGUCCCACCGAUGGGGCAGCACAAGCAACCCAACGCCACCACCGCCAAUCCAGAUACAAACAACCAAUGGAAUCUGGACCAGCUGUCGAAUGCCUCCACUGAAUCGACCGUCGAAUCGGCUAUGCAGGUCAACACCAUAGAGGCGGCCGUUCUGGUACGCCCACCGCGGCCACGACCAUGACGACGGCUCCCAGCAGCAGCCCCACUACCAUCAGCCCACGAUGCUCGAACAGCAAUGCCAAGCCACAACCUCUGCGACCCCACGGGGUGGACGCAAUCCAGCCCCGACCACCCCUCGCCUCGAACAAACAACAACCAGCAGCAAACCCACCUGCACCAACGCAUUAAGUGGGGACAGAUCACCGAGCCAUCGCAGGGACCAACCGAAUCAUCGGACGCCAUUUCAAGUAUAAAGUACACGUCCGGAGUGAACGCCCGGAUGCAGCGGGUCUCCACGAAGAACGCCGAUCCCGAGAAUUGCAUCUUCCAACGGAAACCAUUCAAGUUGAAAACCCUGCAGCCGGUGAACUGAACCACGCCACGUCUGCCCAUGAAGGAAGUCCGAAAACCAACUGGCACAAAGUGCGCACCAGAUAAGCAAUAAUUGAGAAAUGAAUAA